AUGAAGGUAUUAGUUAUUGGCCUUGGAGGUGUUACAAAUGGGGGGAAGACAACACUGGCACAAAAGCUUAAGAAAAUGCUUCCCAACUGUGAUAUAAUCUCUCAAGAUGACUUCUUUAAGCCUGAGUCUGAAGUGGAAACAGAUGAACGUGGAUUUAAGCUCUAUGAUGUACUUGAUGCCCUCUAUAUGGAUGAAAUGGUGAAAAGUAUUCGCAAUUGGAUGAAAAGCCCGACAAGCUCAGGUGUUGUGAUGGAAGAUCUGCAGAAUAAGUGUGACAGUUUGAAAAAUACAGAUGUUUAUAUUUUGAUUGUUGAAGGCUUUCUGCUAUACAGUUAUGAGCCACUUAAUGAACUAUGGAAUAGAAGGUAUUUUUUGACCCUUCCUUAUGAAGAGUGCAAAAGGAGAAGGAGCACCAGAGUCUAUCAGCCAGCAGAUACACCGGGCUACUUUGAUGGACACGUGUGGCCUAUGUAUUUGAAAUAUAAAGAUGGACUGGAAGAGAAUGCAAGUAACCUUGUUUAUUUGGAUGGAACAAAACCCCAGGAGGAGCUUUUAUCCUAUGUGUAUAGUGAUAUAAUGCAGGAAGUAAAAAAGCUGAGGGAAGGAA